CUUGUCCAUGAGAAGCAGAGGGUGUUGGAGCAUUGUUUAGUGGGUAGUGGGCUCCUCUUCAAACCCGGUAUACUUCUGCAUUAAUUAAGAGGGGGGAAGAAAUGACGGCAUGCUCUUCAUGUGGACUAAGCUGCUUUGGUGUGUCAGUAUUGGAGAGAGCUGGAAUUUGCGUAAUGAGCCGUCGAAGGAUCUCUUGUAAAGAUUUGGGACUAGCUGAUUUCCAGGGAUGGCUUUACAAGAAAAAGGAAAAAGGAAGUUUUAUUGGCAGCAAAUGGAAAAAGUUCUGGUGUGUCCUGAAGGGUUCAUCAUUAUACUGGUAUAGAAAUCAAUUGGCAGAGAAAGCAGAAGGAUUCCUCAGCCUUCCAAACUUCACAGUGGAUCAAGCCAUGGAGUGCAAGAAAAAGUAUGCUAUCAAAAUCACCCAUCCAAAGAUCAAGACAUUUUAUUUUGCAGCAGAGAAUGCAGAGGAAAUGAUUACAUGGCUAAAUAAACUAGGUCUGGCUGUUGUCAAGCAAGUCAACAUAAAGAAUGAAGAAGAGUGCUAUAGUGAGAGUGAUCACGAAGAACCAGAAAUAAACAUGGAGACCCCACCCCCUCCGUAUUCAGACAAAAAUGAGCCAGAGCAGCAAGAGCCUUCCUCAACAUCCCUUGUCUCCAGUUCUUUAUCCUCCCCUGAAAGCAGUAGGAAGUCACAAGGCUUUUCUUCUUCCUCAUUGUCCAAAGCAUUGCAUCCAGACAGACAAUCAUGGCUUGACUUUGUUAACAGCUCUUUGACUGGGGAAGAAGUAGAUAAUCCAUCUUCAAAUGUCAUUGAUGACUCUCAAGAUCCUGCUUGCUUGGUAAAGACAGACUGUAACAAAACAAUGGAAAGUGGUAUGGAACCAGAGGACAGCUUUCAGAAUUCUUUACGCAAAGGUACACCUGUAUUAGAUCAAGAUAAAGAUAACAUAGCUGAGCCUGGAAAAACAGCACUGAAAACUCAACCUAAAGAACAAGGGAAAUGCUCUAUAGAUGAAAUGGAGAAACUUUACAAAUCUUUAGAGCAAGCCAGUUUAUCUCCUAUUGGGGACCGCCGACCUUCAACUAAAAGAGAGCUGAGAAAAUCCUUUAUCAAAAGGAGUAAAAAUCCAUCUGUUAAUGAGAAACUUCACAAAAUUCGAGCACUGAAUAGUACAUUAAAGUGCAAAGAACAUGACCUAGCCAUGAUUAACCAGUUGCUGGAGGACAGAAAACUAACAGCAAGGAAGUACAGGGAGUGGAAGAACACAAACUCUAUGUUGGUUCAAGAUAUCUAUCAGCAGCAGGACAUCCUGGAUAUGUCUGAAGAAAAUAUAAAGGAGCCAGAGGUGCCGCUGCAAACUUCUUUCAUUGAAAGUACUAUCUGAGAACAGUGGACAGUGUAUUACUUCUUCUGCCAGUGUUUCUCUUCACCUGUGAAAAGUUUGAGCUGCUACCAUUUCAAAUUUUGUUGUUUUUGUAAGAGCUUGUCGCUUCUCUACUAUGGAAAAAUUUGGGUCCAUGAUCCAAAACAUUAUUUCUUCUCUUAGUAUUUCAUGAUGUAAGAAUUCUGCCAUCCAAAGGGUCACAUUGUGAUAACUAGUCUUGGUGAAGUUCUGAAGAGAACAUUUAUCCAAUGGAGGGAAUCUGCAUUUCCAUUUUUUAAAAUGGUUGAACUUCAUAGUGAGAACAAUUAAGUAAGCUUAGCACCUUGACGUUUGUAUUUUAAAGAUAGUGUACAUAUUGUAAUUUAAAAAUUAGUUGACUAAAGCAAAAGGUUUAAGCUGUACAAAUGUUUUAAAAAGCUCGGAAUUAAAGGUUGCUUUCCAAUAAACCUGUACAACCAACUGUUUGAAGCACAGAAAGAAUAAUAAUAUUAAUGACGGUGCCUGUACUUUUUAUAUGAUGUUUGCUGGACAUCUUGUGAGAUAAUGCACUAUCUCUGUUUAUGAAUGGCCAAAGCAAAGAUGUGCCUCUGUGUCUUGUGAGAAAGAUUACAUUUGACUCUUUUUCAUGACAAAAUAAAAGAAAUUACUUGCCAUUGUUCUCA